GGGGUGACUGUUCAUUGCUCAAGGACUUGUGGAGUGAGCAGCUCAGACUAGCCGGCUGGCUGUGAAAUUUCUGGAGUCUAGGUGACCUUCAGGUCUCCAGAGGUAUAAGGCAGUGUGACCCACCUCCUGCCAGCAUAGAGUGGAUCCUGACCCCAGGGACAGCAGCAAACCAGGCAGGGCCUCUUCAUCCCAACUCAAGAUCACUGCUCACUGUGAUCAGAACCAGGGGCAGAGAAAACAUGGAGGUCCACGCAGUCCAGCUGACAAGGAUGGACUAUGCCAUGAAGUCCCUCAGCCUUCUCUGCCCCAGAUCCCUGUCCAGGCACAUGACGGUGAGCACCUCUGUGGUGAGGACACAGCAGCUAGUGUCUGAGGCCAGUCCAGAGGCCCCCAGGGCUCGGCCCUGCCGAGUGAGCACCGCAGAUCGUAGUGUGCGGAAGGGCGUCACCGCCUGCAGCCUCGAGGACCUCCGCUACAAGGUCCGGGACAUCUUGAUGCUGAAAGAUAAGCCCUUCUCCCUGGUGCUGGAAGAAGAUGGCACAGCUGUAGAGACAGAGGGCUAUUUCCAAGCCCUGGCAGGGAACACAGUGUUCAUGGUCCUCCAGAAGGGGCAGAGAUGGCAGCCCCCUUUAGAACAGGGGACCCGGUACCAACUCUCCCUCUCGGACAAACCCUCUAAGAAGAUUGAUGUGGCCCGUGUAACCUUUGACCUGUACAAACUGAGCCCCCAGGACUUCAUUGGCUGUCUCAAUGUGAAGGCGACCCUCUAUGACACAUACUCCCUGUCCUAUGACUUACACUGCUACAAGGCCAAGCGCAUUGUAAAGGAACUGCUCCGCUGGGCCCUCUUUGGCAUGCGGGCCACCGGCCACGUGCUGCUCGGCACCUCCUGCUAUGUGGAGCAGCUCCUGGACGUCACCACCACUGAGGAGGUGCAGCCUGCCCAGGCCUCUUCUCUCCUCUCGGCUGGCCUGAAGCUUCUGCCUUGAGGACCAGGGACUGAGCUGUGCACAAGCUGGAGCUGGAGAGCUUCUUGCCUUCCUGAGCCUCAUUCCUCUCAGCACAGGAGCACACCAAGCAGGGAGGAUGACCCAGGAGCCAUUGCAGGACAGCCUCCUGCCCAGGCAGCUCAGCUCACCACCCAGGUCACCCAGGAGGUGGCUGCCGUCCCUCCUCAGCCAUCAGUCAUCACCCACCCCAGGACACUGCAGCAGCAUGAACCACCCAGCCCACUGAGGCAUCACAUCCCAGUUCAAAAUACACCUUUCAUUCGACACA